AUGAAUCCCGUGUUCAGGUGGAAUUCCUGGGCAUCUGUUCCCCAGCCACGUGCAAACACACCAGGACAACCGACGGGCAGUUUCAGCUUGGGUGAAAACCCAAUCCCUGCUGGGAUCUGUCACCACUGUCACCAGCAGGGCACAGCUGUGCCCCUGGCAGGGGCUGUCACUCAUUGUCACACUGUCACCAGCAGGGCACGGCUGUGCCCUUGGCAGGGGCUGUCACUCAUUGUCACACUGUCACCAGCAGGGCACGGCUGUGCCCUUGGCAGGGGCUGUCACUCAUUGUCACACUGUCACCAGCAGGGCACGGCUGUGCCCUUGGCAGGGGCUGUCACUCAUUGUCACACUGUCACCAGCAGGGCACGGCUGUGCCCUUGGCAGGGGCUGUCACUCAUUGUCACACUGUCACCAGCAGGGCACGGCUGUGCCCUUGGCAGGGGCUGUCACUCAUUGUCACACUGUCACCAGCAGGGCACGGCUGUGCCCUUGGCAGGGGCUGUCACUCAUUGUCACACUGUCACCAGCAGGGCACGGCUGUGCCCUUGGCAGGGGCUGUCACUCAUUGUCACACUGUCACCAGCAGGGCACGGCUGUGCCCUUGGCAGGGGCUGUCACUCAUUGUCACACUGUCACCAGCAGGGCACGGCUGUGCCCUUGGCAGGGGCUGUCACUCAUUGUCACACUGUCACCAGCAGGGCACGGCUGUGCCCUUGGCAGGGGCUGUCACUCAUUGUCACACUGUCACCAGCAGGGCACGGCUGUGCCCUUGGCAGGGGCUGUCACUCAUUGUCACACUGUCACCAGCAGGGCACGGCUGUGCCCUUGGCAGGGGCUGUCACUCAUUGUCACACUGUCACAGCACAGCUGUGCCCCUGGCAGGGGCUGUCACCCAUUGUCACACUGUCACUGGCAGGGGACAGCUGUGUGCCCUCUGAGCCUACCACCUCUGCUGGGGCAGCUCUUCACACCACUGCCAUUUCAAGUCACCAGUGGCUUUUAGUGUGUUUUGUUUGCCCAUGCCCUCUGUGCUGACCCCAUUUCAUAACUCACACCUCCUUCUCCUGUUUCCUUC